AUGAAAUGUGAUGCAUGCCACUGCAACUCUCGAAGCUUAGAGAGUUUUAAAUUCGUAAGCGAGGGUGACAUACACAUUAUGUGGUAUCCUUCGGCAUUUUCACAAUCAAAACUAGGAAACGAAAACGCAGAAGGAAGCAACGCUUGCACUAUAAUCGUACUGCUCAUUGCAACGAAAAUAAGGAACUCAAAUACUCGCGUCCAGUGCUUGUUCAGCUCACCUACAAAAGAAACUCUAGUUAAAUUAUUCUCAGAUGCAAUUUUGGAAGGAAAUUCGAUACAUAGGAAUCUUUUUAAGGCAGGAUUAUUGAGAAACGUGAAUCUCACUGUGCCAGAAGCAAUGGCAGCCAGUAAAUCAUCACUAGGAUCUAUGACUGAAUGGAAGAGUUCAGUUUAUUUUAACGACAUAAUGAAAAACUUAUACAAGGAAAUGGACUACCACAUAUUGGAGUGGUUUAAAAAUCCUCCAUGCUGUAACAAAAACAGCCUUUAUAUGGUACUAAUUGCUCACAGUAAAUCAGUAUUAUUUGUGUUGCAGUUGGACAUGAACUGUGUACUGCUUAUAGAUUCCCACCAACAUUCACCGUAUGGAGCAAUGAUGUCACAAGUUCGAAUAUCAAAAUUAGAAAGUCUAUGUUUGUGGUAUACCGAUAUGUUGUGCAGCUCAAUUGGAUCUAAACCCGAUGCAUAUGAGCUUAGUUUUUUGUAUUACAAAUGUGGGAAACGUAAUUCAAUUGGUGUUUAA